AUUAGAUUUUGAUUGUUGAGGAAAACAUUUAGUCGACAACAAACGUGUUCGCCGUGUAGAUGAGCUAAAUCAAAUAAUUUCUCUAUUGUAAAAAAAAAUAAAAUAAAAAAUAAAAAUUAUAUAAAAAUAAAAUUAAGCAGUUGUACAUGCAGUGAUAGUGUUUAAACUCAAAACUAUAAACAAAAUGCAGUCAUAUACAAAAAUGUUACUUGGAGCUGCACAAAAGUGCAUUAUCGCUUUGAUUCUUGUGAAAUGCAUCGUUGCUGUUGAUUUGCAAUAUUCCGAAAUUGUAACGGUUACCAGUGAAACGCGCUAUGUGGUACAAUAUCCAAAUGCCGCCUUAACGAUUUUCAGUAAAAAUCAUUAUGUCGGUGGACAAUAUGUAUUCAGUUCGGGCAAAAGGAUUUCAGGUGAUCGCUUGAUACUCAACUUCGAGGACUCAACACAAUUCACCAAAGGUGAAGAUGUUGAAGCGCUAAUACGUUACCCAGCAAAAGGCACCGAUUCCAAUAUAAUAACACAGGUGGAAAUCUAUGCAGCUGUCUCUACAGAGGAUGCCGACACAUUCUUCGUGGAUGGUGGCAUAAACAAAUCAUAUUGUGAGAUACUUAUUGCCAGCAAUAAGACCAAUUAUCUCGAGUUUGAGAUGUUCAUUUAUGGUUAUUAAUUAUCUCUCUAUAUAAAUUGGAAAUAAUACGCAAAAAAAAAAAAAAUAAUAAUAAUUUUUGUUGAGCAAAAAUUUAUUUCGCUGGAGAACAAGAGAUUUUUA